AUGAUAGUCAAAUACUAUGGACGAAGUGGGCUGAAACAGUUCAUCCGAGGCAAGCCUGUUAGAUUUGGCUAUAAGUUGUGGUCUGUUUGUGGAGCAAGUGGCUACUGUUUCAAAUUUGAUUUAUACUGUGGAAAGGAUCCAGAAGAUACUGCAAGGGCUGACCUACUAUUGGGAUCAAGAGUAGUCCUAAACAUGCUGGACUGCAUUGAAAAUCCCGAGAAUCAUUGUGUGUACUUUGACAGUUUCUUCACUAGUAGAGAUCUUCUGAUUCAUCUGACAAAUUUGGGUUUUCGAGCAACUGGGACUGUCAGAGAGAAUCGAGUUGGUGACUGUCCACUACUGAGCAGCAACAACCUGAGAAAGACAUUUCGAGGAAACUAUGACUACCAGUUCGACAGGAAUGGUGAAGUCUUAUUUGUUCGAUGGCACGACAACAGAUGCAUUACAAUUGGUACAAAUUUUGACAAAGUUGAACCUUUGGGAGCAGCUACACGGUACAGUAGACAAGCCAGUAAGAAGACACAAGUGCAACAACUUGCCGUUUUGAAGUCGUAUAACGCGUACAUGGGAGGUGUUGACCACCAUGACUGGUUAGUUGGAAAAUAUGCGACGGUAAUUAGAGGGGAAAAAAUGGUUCUGGGUCCUAUUUGCUGGAAAUGGCCUAUGCUGGAAAUGGCCCUCGUAAGUGCCUGGCUCUUCUACAGACUAGUACAUGGGAAAAAUGCACUGGAUUUACUGAAUUUCAGCCGUGCUGUUACAGUUACAUAUCUGAAAUUGGACACUGGAAGACUGAAUAUUGGACGUCCAAUGGAGUACCCAUCAAGUCAAUUGAGUAUGACACCAUAA